AGAGCGCCGGGCGGCAGCAGGUGGCCGCGCUCCGCACCGAGCUCCGCGCUCCGCUCCGCACCGCCUCGCCCCGCCGCCUCGCCGAGGCCCCCGCCGCAGCCAAGACGCCGCGGGCCGUGCUCCGAGUGAAGAAUGGGGCGGCCAAGCUGGCCAAACCGCCGGCGGCGGCGGCGGGCGAAGCCCCCGGAGGUGCCCCCGGCUCCGGGCUCUUCAUGGAGCGGUCGCAGAGCCGCCUCAGCCUCUCCGCCUCCUUCGAGGCCUUGGCCAUCUACUUCCCCUGCAUGAACAGCUUCGACGAGGAGGACGCGGAUGGGGAUGGUCGGAGACUCAAAGGAGCCAUCCAAAGGAGCACAGAAACAGGGCUGGCUGUGGAAAUGCCCAGCCGGACGGUGCGCCAGGCCAGCCACGAGUCCAUUGAGGACAGCAUGAACAGCUAUGGAUCGGAGGGAAACUUGAAUUUCAGUGGAGUCCAUCUGGCAUCUGCUGGGCAGUUCAGUGACUUCCUGGGCAGCAUGGGCCCCGCACAGUUUGUUGGGCGUCAGACCUUGGCCACCACCUCGAUGGGGGAUGUGGAAAUUGGCUUGCAAGAGCGAAAUGGGCAGCUAGAAGUGGAUAUCAUUCAGGCUCGAGGACUCACACCAAAACCCGGCUCCAAAACACUGCCAGCUGCUUACAUCAAAGCUUACCUGUUAGAGAAUGGUGUGUGCAUUGCGAAGAAGAAGACAAAAGUGGCUCGCAAAUCAUUAGACCCUUUGUACAAUCAGGUGUUACUGUUUCCUGAGAGCCCCCAGGGCAAAGUAUUACAGGUGAUAGUGUGGGGAAACUACGGCCGCAUGGAGCGCAAGCACUUCAUGGGAGUUGCAAGGGUCCUCCUGGAAGAACUGGAUUUGUCAACUUUGGCAAUUGGCUGGUACAAGCUCUUCCCAACCUCCUCAAUGGUGGAUCCCACUACAGGCCCGCUCCUGCGCCAGUCCUCGCAGCUUUCCCUGGAGAGCACAGUGGGACCCUGCUGUGACAGGUCUUAGUGAGUAAGGAAGGGGGAACUGCUUUAGUUUUUUAAACAUGCUGUCAAGGUUUUGUUUGCUGGAACUCUGACCUCAAGCGCAAUGCAUGUUCAGUCAGUUCUUGUGGAGCUGGAAGAGGAGGAUAAACCAGUGACCUUAGACAGAAGACAAGGGGGAGGGUGCUGUACCCUCUCUGUUGGAGGAGGUGCCAUGGGGCAUGAGUCCUAGUUGUCAAAUUAGACAUACACCUCUUGUUUCGCUUCUCUCACUGUCAUUCUUGGACCCUUGUUUCAGAUCAGCAUUAACUCUGGAAAGUUGCAGCAUUUGAAAAGUCUGGGGGGAGUAAGGAAGGUAUUUUUCUUAACUGUGCAUCUUCAAAAUUUCUUAGGCAGAUUUUUUCUCAAAGCACCUGAAAAAUGCAGAGGCCAAUAUCUGACCUAGAAAGAGCAAGAGCAGAAAGUUUCAGAGGAAGCUUGAGUUCUUCAUAAGAUCUUAUCGAAAGAAGAAAAAAGAAAGAAACGUGUAAUUCUUUCUUUAGUAUAAAUUUCACAUCACUGAAUCGUGUUACCUUGUAGCACUGUCAUUGCUGUGUUUUCAAACUGUGCCAAAUUACCAGCAAGUGUCUUUCCUGCAUUGCUUGUGUAACACUGCUGAUGAAGCAUACUUGGUGAGAGAAUAAGCACCUGCUUAGACCAGGCAGUUUGAACAGAGUUUGAGUUUAGCAGUCUAAUUAUCUGCAGUUUUGCUCAGAAAAAAGCCCACCAAACCUGUAGAGGUGGGAGCUGAGCAUCAGACUUGCAGCUUGAGAUAUGCUUUAUACCUUUAUACCCUCACUCGUUGCUCUGCGUCCUUCAGUCACGUCUUCUAUCUCCUGCUCUUCUUUCAUCUCCUUUGUACUGGUACAUAUCUGCUGGAGAUGCUGCCCUUCCUGUCGUGCUAUUGACUGACCUGAAACGGGGCUGUUUUAUUCUGCCACAGGAGAGUGAGAUUUGUAGGGGUGCAGAAGAAAGAGAUUUGAGUCUGUUGUCUGACAGGAAGGUGCUGAGAGCACAUAACCUUCCUCAUGGAAAGAAGGUUUCUUUAAGCACUCUCAGUAGUAUGCAAGCAUUGUCAAAUGUCCUGAAAGAAGAGAUGCUGUCCCCAGAGUAUGGAGCAGUAGUGGGUGAGGAAGCUGAAGGCACAGUGGUCACAGCAUGUAUAUUUCAUUUAAGUGCAAUGCUAACUGGAAAGGAGCCUUUUAGGUGAACCUGUGAAGCACGUUCUCUGCCAGCAGAGUCACGUGCUAGAGAAAGGCAAGCUAGAUCCUUCACACAAUUAAAAUCUCCUCUUUGAAAACACUUUUUACCCAAAAUAAUAGAGAAUCUCCAAAGAUUUCCUGCUAACAGCUAGAUUUUUUUUCAUAAUUCGUAAUGAGGAUUUGGUGAUUGCACUUUCAAAAUAAGCUUUGGAGAUGUUUUACUUUGUGAUUUAAAAGUGAAGGUCCCAUAUCAUGUUUAGGAGUGAGCAGAUCCUCAGCCUCUCACUGAGGCACACAGAGCAUUUAUUUCUGCAUGCGGACCUCAGCUUUGUUAGAGUAAAAGCAUGACUGUAGGGUGGAUGGUGCGAGCAGUUGCUUUUGAUCCAAGCUUGUCUGUGGUGUUUUAAAUCAUUUUCAGAUAAAUUACCGAAUAGAUACAAAACAAAUAGGCCUUACAAUACUGUCUGUAAAAAUGAUGUGAUAUAAAGGAGAGGGAAGGCGCAGAAGGGACAUGGAAUGAAUAGGUUUUUAAGUGGCAAAAGCCUCAGCAUUUCAGAUAAACCUCUUAAUUUCCUUGAUGAAAUAUGUCUCUGGCCUCUCACUAAUUAUUUUUUCUAAUCGUAUUAGACAACUUCUAUAUAUUAGCUGAAGAAAGUUUGUUGCAUGCUGGUCAAACUAUGUUGUGGCGCUCAUAUUUUUUAAAGAAGCACAUUUACUGUAAUUCAAGUCAGCAUCCUUUCCUCUUGGUAUGUAGUGAGUGCUAGGCAAUAUUGUACAAUACGUGUAUGAACUAGAAUAGAUUAGGUAGAUUUAGUGGUUUGUAGCACCGGAUCUUUUAAUAACUAUGUCUUCAAAAGGACUGUGGGGAACUCCGGGUACAUUCCUAACCUGGUAACUGAGAAACAGGGCUUCUGUUCUGAGUAAUGCUGAAUGCUUCCUAUUGGAGAUUGAUUGACAUUAUCUCCUGGUAACAGCCAGUCGGUCAUGUUUGUCCUCUGUCAGUAAGGUGAAUGCAGCAUUGCAGUCUUUUAUGUGGAGUACGAGACUAUAUGUGCCAAAAUAUUCCCUCUGAAACAUUAUUUAAUGACUGUCCAUUGGAAAGCUCAGUUCCUCUAUGCCUGGCAAAUGCAACAUGUCUCUAAAUUCCAUCCCUCUAAAAGCUCCACGAGCUCAAAGACAACCAGCGUAGUUAAAACAGGACUCCUCACUGCUGAGGGAUGUCUGCCAUUUAUUUGUAGUCAUUCUAAAAGUUUGUUGUCAGGGGAAGAGAAAAAAAAAAAAGGCACUUCUGCUCGUGUUGUUUUCAUUAUCGUCCUAAAUUCUGAAUUUUGAGGUCACUUUAACAGUCUGCUUUGGGCUGUUUUCUUCUGCUUGUUCCCUGGGUGGUGGUAGCCCGAUUCUCCCUCGUGUUUGAAGUCACUUCCAAGUCCUGUUUCUCCGCAGUGAGAGGUUGCAGGGUCUGGCUGCCAGGCAUGGCAGGGUCACACAGUCUGGGUGGUUCUCCUUCGUAAGUCAGAUGGACUCACAGGAGCCCUUCCAAGAGUGCUCUCGGGGCAUGGUGUCAGGUCAGGCUGUCACAUUGCACAGUGCUGCCCAGUCUCAAUUCUUGCUUCACUCAUGCCCAUGAUUCCUGCACUGAUAUUGCAGUUAAAAAUGAAGUCUCGUUUUCCAUCCAUGUUAAGACUCCCAGUGUAGCAUCCAUGGCAAAUCUUGAGCUUGGAAUGGCUUCAUUUAUAGAACCUAACCCCUUAUUUCCCUUUGAAUUUGACCUGCUAGUUUCUGUCUAAGGUGGUGUGAUGUGCUGGUUGUGAUUACCAAUGUGUUGGAGCAGUUUGCCAGGGUGGUGAGUGGCUGAAAGCUAAACUUCGGUCCCCUUCAGUCCUGAUGGAGCUUUUUUCCUGAGCGGUUAGUUAUGGUCAGGGAGAGGGAAAGAGCAGGAGACUUCUAACAAAAGCAAAAAAAAAAAAAGCCAUUAUAGUGGUUUUGGACUGUAAGUGUUGAUGAGGGAUGAGACUGAGGAGAGGUGAGUAUCUGUCCUGCACAGGGUUGAUUCCCCGCUCCUUGUGCGUUAGAUGCUCCAUUCCAGUAGUAACAGGAAGGUUGCUUGCAGGAAAGAACUGGAGAGCUGAUCCCUGUUACCUCCAUUACUGUUAACUGUGGGAAACAAAGGGACUCGUGGUGCUGAGCACAUCUCUGAGGCAGAGCCAUCUCUCCCCACGUACCCCGGCACACCAGAGCCCCAUGCACGGCUCUCGCUCCCUCAGGCUGAGCAGAACGUGGCCACGUUUCUUCAGGCAGCAAUGCGAAUUCUCCCGGUCUCCUGGUGUUGCUUUCCCUUUGCCCCAGCACGGCUGGGAUGCCAUAGAGACAACACAAGAUCCUCAUUCUGCAGUUCAAUGCACAGGUCCUCAUCCUGUGCCCACACCCACGUGGGCAGGCAGAGUAAGGGCCCGCUGACUCUCAAGUCAGCCAAGCACAUCCCCGCUUCGUGGUGUGGAUUGCUUCACAGAUUACUGCAGAGUUAUUUGCUUUGGAUGAUGAUGUGUAUUUCAUGUUUCUAGCUACUGGAUCCUAUAUCGCUGUACUGUUCUAAAUUGGCAGGUCUUCUGGAGUCAGAAUAUCAGGGCUCCUGUACAGGGGCUGUUUUUAAGACGUUGAGGCAGUUAACAGAAUCUCAACCUAAGCAUGUUUAGUAAUGUUUAGACAGCAAGACAACUUUUUUAUGAGACUCAUUUUAAGUUAGUUUAUUACAUGCUGUUAGUAAUAUUUUAAAACAGGAAAAAUAUUUUUCUUUAAAGACAAGAUGAUGUAUGUUUUUUAACAGAUAGCAUAAUUUAGCAUUCUCAGAAAUGUUUAACGUCCUCAGUAUGGAGUUUACUCAUUCUUUGGAUUUCUGUGUUCCUCGUUAUAUUCUAUCACCCUUUUUCCAAGAGAAAAGAGACGGAUGUAAAUAACCACCAGAAAAGAGUCCUAUAGGAAAUUCUGUUCAAACUGACCAUAAAAUUAUUAGUAAAUACUUGUCAUUGUUCAUUAACUCUCAGCUACUAUUCGAGCCUUUGUUGAAAGAAAUAAUUGAUGUUGUAUUUUCAAGAUGAAAACGACUUAGCUAGUUUUGUCAUAAUCCUGUACUCUGUAUAAAAAAUCUUUUUAUAAAGAAAGUCUAAUAGGCUAACAAGCAAUAAUAUAUUCCAUUUGGUGUGCACAGAUUGUGACUUGCAGGCUGUAGUACAUAUUGUUGAUACAGUUUAUAAUUGUCUUCAAUCUUAACGACAUCACUUUUGAAAAAGGUCCGUAUUACCUUUGAUUGUGAAGCUGAAGAUUGGGCUGUUGCCUUGUAAGAAAUAUUCAUCGUGUAGACUUCUCUGUGAGUAUAUGUGCCCAUUAACAUGAAAUCUCUCUUAGGUGAAGAAUGAAACAGCUGUAGGUGACUUCAUACUACAGAGUUUAAAAAUAGUUUCAAUAUAAACUUAAUGACUGUUUCAAGCACCCUGUUUUUCUUAGGCUAUUUAGUAUUUGUAACUCAAUGAGAACGGUUCCCACUGCCACUGUAGCCCUGAUAAAGCAAAAAAGCCUUUGCACUCUGGGCCGCAUGAGUUCUGCCCCAUAGCUGCCUGUUUGCCUCGGGGCAGCAGGGGCAAGCUAAAGGGAGUUUAUUUCAGAGCAGCAGAUUGAACUGCUCUCAUUUAAAGGCUUUGUGGGUUGUUUUGUCAAUUUCAUAGAUGGCAUUUGUCCAUUUUGUUAGAAAAUUCCACCCAAGGCAGUGAGAUUGCACCUUCACAGAGGAUCCCAGAGGAUGACGUGUGAAUGGGAGCGGGCUGUUCUGGGCUGUCCUUCACAAAGCUGAGUGAUGCUGAGAUCAGCAAAAGAUUUUUCUGUGGUGGCAGGAUCAGGAUGCUGGAUUUUAAGUCAGCUUUAUCAUUGUUGUGGUACCUAAAAUAAAACAGCUUCAGAACAGCAUCCCAGUUGGUUGCCUGUGGCCCAUCUUUGCAUUGUUCUGGAGGUUGCCACUUGCCACCUCUGCAGCCAGCGGGCCACCAGCUCAGUGGUGCUGGAAGCCCAGAUGGGUAAUGAGAUAAAUAAUUCACAGCUGAUUGUGAAAUGCUUGGAAGAUAAAGAGCCAUGAGAAUGCAAAGUGCCAUCAGCAGAGCAGUGCAGGGAAACACACGUAUUGUAAUUGGUGUCCACGUGUGUGUGCAACCACAGUGUCCCUGCCUAUGGGUCACCUGGGGUGCCCGCCAUGGCAGAGACCUUCCUGCAGCCCCAGCCCAGCCCCAGCCACACACCCACAGCAGCAACAUCAGGCUCUGUCCUCAGGAGUCUCAGGCAUUUCCCACGGCGUGGACACCUUCUGCCCUCCCUUCCCUUUGGUAGCUGCUCUUGUCCUAGUGGAAGAGAGGAAAGGGAGGGUGCCUUGUAGCAUUUGGUUCUUUGCACUUUAGCAACCAAACAUGAGGAGGAGCCAGCACCAGCCCUUUAUGGAGCACCAGCAAACAGAGGCUGAGACCUAAUGCUUUUCCCUUCACGCCUUCCCAGGAGCUGAGAUGGCAGCCAGUGCUGUGUGGUUAAACCCAGCUGAGCUGGGCCAGCGGGCAGCUUUGUGAUGAUGCAGCACGUCGGGAAUCGUGCGGCCCCCAGCUCAGAGAGGAGAGAGCUUUGUCCUGCAGGAAGGAUGCAUGGACGCACAGCAUAUGGGAGGGGUGUUGGCAGGAGCACCCCCAAGGUAGGACUCAGGGCACGCCUGCUGCUGGAGCCUGUUGUCUGCUGAUCCAGGGCUCGGUUUUUAGUUGCCUGGGCACUAUGAAUUCAGAUAACUGCCCAUAGGGCUCCAGCUCCCACUGAACGCAGCCAGGGUCUUCACAUCUUGCAGCACUCUUUCCUUGGGGCUGUUGUUCCUUACCCAGUGCUGCUCCCUGGUCUCUGUUUUGGUGAUUCCACCUCCUGGACCUAAAGCUGCUUUGAGCCUUAUUUGGAGCACAUCUGUGGUGUGUGCCCUCAGCCACAUGGAGCUGGGAGCUGCAGGCAGUUCUCUGGUUUGGUUGGCAAUGGGACCCCAAGGCCCCAGUAUAGUAUUACUGUGGCCCUACCACCUACCCAGGGGCAAGUGUCCCAGCCACAUUUUGUGGCAGUGCUGAGCUCAGAGCACAGGGUAGCUCCAUGCCAAGUCUGGUUGGACCUGGGGGUCUUUGCAGGCUCUUGGCAGCCCAUGCCGUACAGUACAGCCAACCAGGAGGAAGCAGGGACGGGAGGAGCUGCCUCUGUGCUGGCUUUUGCUUUCUGCUGCUCCCUGUGUACAUUCUCCCUCCCCUCUCGACGCGAGGCCUUACUCCAGCCCACAGGCCCGAGGCUGCCUGCAGCCCCUCUUUGCACUGCAGCGUCCAUCCCACGCUGCCGGGCAGCCCGCAGAGCUGGCCUCUGCGUGGGGACAGGGCUGUCCUCCCAGCGUCACCCUGCAGCGAGCUGCUGCCUCCGUGUGCCCCCAGGGAAAGCUGCUUCCAUUGGGCCCAAACUUUUUACAUCAUCGAUUGCUCCAGAAAACAACAAACAAUAGCUUGGCAGGGGCACCAUGCAGUUGCUACUUCUCCUCUCACCUUCCUGUAGGAGUGGGGGCCUCUCCAAAGCGUUUGGAGGUUUUUAAUGCCGCCCGCUGAGCUCUGAUCCCACAGAGCUGGAGGGGACACCAGGAUGGGCAGUGUUGGCCCUGCUCCUCCCCAGGGGCUUUAAGGUGCAGGGCUGCCUUGGGUGGAAGCGUGGGACACCACAGCGGUGUGCUGCGGCCGUGGGCAAAGGAGGGUUCUGCUGUACUUUUUUCCUGUCUGUAGGUUUUAUUCAGACGAUGUGUGAUGAUCGAGUGAUUUACAAUUCAGUGUUAAGCUAAUGAAAACGUUGAUAAUGGUGACAAUAAAAACCUUUUUUUUUUUUUC